CGAGAUCGCGUGACGUCAUCGCUCGAUGUCAAACGUUCGCGACUCUUGCACCUCGCGUUCCGAAGCCAUCGCAGCAUCGCCAUGCCUUUCGAGGCGCAAUUGCAAUAGUACUUCGAAACAUGUUUCCCACAGCUGCACGGCAUUAUGCCGCCCAGCGCAGCUCCGUUCACGUGCGGAGCAGGCUACAGGGGGUGCUGACAAGGAAUCCCAGACUACCGUGGAGCGCCUACGCACCACCGGGAAGCCGAUAUGCUUCGUUACAGGCUGGAGAAGAUAAGUCGGGGCAUAUAAGCGCGGGACCGGAUGAGGGCCUGCUGUUCUUUGACAAUGUGUUUCCACUGAAGAUUCAAAAACUCAUCAGCCCUACCCUCGAGAGCGACACAUCGUCCAGUUUCUUGAACCGCGUCAUCAACCCUUUGGUCACGGGCACCGAUCCUAAAACUGUCAUCGACAAAGCCAGCGCUAAAGCUAACAUCUCAAUAAAAGCUACGGAGACACUUUUACGAUUAAAUGAAGGUGGUGCCUUUGUCAAGUUUACACACGAUGGCAGCACUUCAACAUCCAAAGUCGAAAAAGUUCUCAAGCAGUACCUCAAGGAGCAGCCUGUGAAACCGUGGUGGAGUCCGUGGAGACGAAUGCACGUAAGCGUUGUGCAGGGACGCCCAUGGGUGGAGGACCUCUUCCGCAUGCCCUCGCCCCGGCUCCGCGUCGAAUUUGUUCCUCCCGAACCGGGUGCAGAGGCUGUCGAGCUAUCUCAAGAACAACUCUAUUCUUUCUUUCGACAAUAUGGAAAGCUGCAGGACAUUGUCAUUCAGCCGCCUGAUUCGAAGGUUUUACCUAAGUUUGCCUACUUGGACUACUCGAAAUUGUCAAAUGCGAUUAUGGCAAAGAAUUGUCUGCAUGGGUUCGUGGUACCUGAGGCAGAAGGAGGAGGGAAGACGGGAACACUGCUGAGGCUCAAGUACGAGCAGAAAAUCAAGGCUCAUUGGAUUCGGGAUUGGCUGGUCAAUCAUCCAAGGAUAGUGAUCCCGAUAGUUGCGGCGCUAGUAGCGGGUAUCACAGUGGCUAUCUUUGAUCCGAUACGUACAUUCUUCGUGAAGGCACACAUCACCAGAACUUUGCACCUCCAAGACAACAAAUACUACAAGAAACUCGUUGGCUACGCAACGGACUUCAUCCCUUGGCACCACAAGGUCGAUGAUGAUACUGGUAUGGACGUAGUCUGGGAUGACCGCAAGGACAAUAUCGAACAAAUACAGACUUGGCUUAUGGAAACUGCCGACACGUUCAUCAUCGUGCAAGGACCCCGUGGAUCUGGAAAGAAAGAGCUGGUCCUUGAUCAAGCCCUCAAAGACCGCAAACACAAACUCGUUAUCGACUGCAAACCUAUUCAAGAAGCUCGCGGAGACAGCGCCACAAUCAACGCUGCGGCAGCAUGCGUGGGAUACAAGCCAGUCUUCUCCUGGAUGAACAGCAUAAGUGGGAUGAUUGAUAUGGCAGCGCAAGGUGCGACUGGCGUGAAGACUGGGUUUUCGGAGACGCUGGAUUCGCAACUUGCGAAGAUCUGGAAUACGACAGGGAAUGCCCUCAGGCAGAUUGCACUGGAUCAACGGCACAAGGCUGAUAAGGAUGCGCAUUUGGGUGACGACGAGUGGCUGGAGGCACAUCCCGAGAAGAGACCUGUUGUUGUCAUUGACAACUUCUUGCACAAGAGCCAGGAGGGUGGUGUGGUAUAUGACAAGAUCGCUGACUGGGCCGCACGUCUCACGACCGCCAACAUCGCCCACGUCGUAUUCCUCACAAACGACGUCUCGUAUAGCAAGUCUCUCUCCAAAGCACUCCCAGAUAGGGUCUUCAGGAAUAUUCCCCUUGCGGAUUGCAGCCCGCAGGUCGCAAAGAAGUAUGUCCUACGACACCUAGACGCCGAUGUCGCCGACGAUCCCGAGCCGAAGGAUGGCUCCGAGAAGCAAGUUCCCUCCCAGACCCGCGAUGAUCUCGGCGAAUUGGACACUUGCCUCAAUCUUCUCGGCGGCCGUCUCACAGACCUCGAAUUCCUGGCCCGAAGAAUCAAGACUGGCGAAACACCCAUCAAGGCAGUCAACGCAAUAAUCGAUCAGUCCGCAAGCGAGAUCCUUAAGAUGUACAUCUUCGGCAUUGCAGAUGAAGAGGGCGACAAGAAGUGGAGCCCUGAGCAAGCUUGGCUACUCAUCAAGGAACUCGCAAAGAACGAAUCGCUGCGGUACAACGAGCUUCUCCUCUCUGACGUGUUCUCAACCAACGGUGAGAAGACCGUUCGCGCGCUUGAGCAAGCGGAGCUUAUCACCAUCGUCUCUUCCCCCUCCGGUCGCCCUUCCCAAAUUCGCCCCGGAAAGCCCGUGUAUCACCCAGCAUUUAAGCGGCUUACAGAGGACAAAGUGCUGAAGAGUCGCUUGGAUCUUGCCAUACUGAAAGAACUGACUAAAGUGGAGAGCGCAACGAUUGAGAAGUGUGAGACAGAGUUGCUGAAGCUGAGCGAGAUUGAGGGCCGUCCGGCCAUGUUAGCGGGUCGGGUACAGUACCUUUUGGCGAAGUUGCAGAAAAGCCAAGAGAAGGUCGAGAACUAUGAGGGAGAGAUGGGUGUAUUGAAGAAAGUGUUGGGGAGCGAGCACUGAAGUGGUUGCGGGCACAAGUUGUUGUGAGUGUCGUAUACAUGAUACCAAUCUCCUUUCAAUCGCAGUGUAAAUGUAUGGCCAGGCACGAGAAUGCUUCAAAAAUCUUAAAGUCAACGGCGUCGUGUUCCAUGCC